GUACCGCGUCUACCAAGACGUCAAAUUGUUUUCCAACUUCGUAUCAGUUGUGGACACGGUGUAUCCCAGCCCGUUCGACGGCCCGGGGGCGCUCAGCAAGAUAGGCACAGAGUCGAAGCUGCAAGUGUGCGGCUGGAGCGGGCCGGGCUACGCAAUCGAUGGCGUGGACAAUGGCCUGCUCCGGCCGCCGCAGCCGCACGCUAGCCAGCUUGGCACGGUGUACGCGACCAAACGACGACGCAGGAACGGCAAGAGCAUCAAACCACCAUCGAAAGACGGCGUCACCAAGAGCAACCCCAGCAAGCGUCACCGGGAGCGUCUCAACGCGGAACUCGACACGCUCGCUUCGCUACUCCCCUUCGAGCAGAACAUACUUAGCAAACUGGACCGCUUGUCUAUACUGCGGCUAUCUGUUAGUUACCUGCGGACGAAGAGCUAUUUUCAAGUGGUCAUGCACAAGGAGAAGGAAGAGCUGCACACACACAGACGCGAGCACGCACACUACGACCACGUUAUGCCUGACGGUGAAAUGUUCUUACAGGCACUCAAUGGCUUCCUUAUGAUCCUGACUUGUGAAGGAGAGGUUUUCUUCGCAACACAUAGCAUCGAAAGUUAUUUAGGAUUUCACCAGUCAGACAUAGUCCACCAAUCGGUCUACGAACUGGUACACUCUGAGGACCGGGAGGAGCUUCAGCGGCAACUCCUGUGGAACUCCUUCCUUCAGCCAGAGGUCAGCAACCUCACACUACAAGAUGUUCUACGGUCGGAACGAGCCCAUCUGCUUGAGAGGAGCUUUACUGUACGCUUUAGAUGUCUUUUGGACAAUACUUCUGGCUUCCUAAGGUUAGACAUCCGAGGUAGAAUAAAAGUAUUACACGGGCAGAACAAGAAAACCGAAGAGCCUCCAUUAGCACUAUUUGCAAUCUGCGCGCCCUUCGGCCCUCCGAGCCUCUUGGAGAUCCCUCAGAAAGAAGUCAUGUUUAAAAGCAAACACAAACUCGACCUGUCUCUAGUCUCUAUGGACCAAAGAGGGAAAAUGCUUCUAGGCUACACAGAUGCUGAGCUUGCAAAUAUGGGAGGCUAUGACUUAGUGCACUACGAUGACCUAGCUUAUGUUGCUAGUGCUCAUCAAGAAUUACUAAAAACUGGAGCAUCAGGUAUGAUCGCGUAUCGGUUCCAAACAAAGGACGGUCAAUGGCAGUGGCUGCAGACCUCCUCACGACUCGUGUAUAAGAACUCCAAACCCGACUUUGUUAUUAGCACGCAUAGACCGUUGAUGGAGGAAGAAGGCCGAGAUCUCCUUGGCAAACGUACCAUGGACUUCAAAGUGAGCUACCUCGACACCGGCCUCACCAGCUUAUACUUCUCCGAAACGGAACAGCUCUCUGGCUGCGAGUCCACCGUCACCACACCACCCAGAGCCGCGAGACGAUACAAAACACAACUACGGGACUUUCUCUCCACGUGUCGGAACAAACGACGAAUGCCCAGUACUCCAGCACCACCUCCAGUUGACUAUCUAGCGGCGGACGCUGUAGCAGCCGCGUACACCAAUCUAAAUGGCGCAUAUACCGCGCCGUAUGGGGAAUAUCCACCGGCUCCAGCGCUGCACUACCCCCCUCCACCGUUAGACGACAGAUUCCUUGCAGCGGACAACCUCUUCCAUCAAUACAAGCCGCUGUCCUACCACUACACGUAUCCUCCCAACGGGUUUCUAGAGCCCGCGCCGCCGGGGUACGAAGUGGCGCCCGCGUACCGGCCGCCGUCGCGGGAGUAUUACAUGGACGCGCGGUACGCGGCGCCCGAGCGGCGGUCGCCGGGGGCGCAGGGCGCGGGGGCUGGUGGUGGGGGCGCGGGGGCGCCAGGUACGGGCGCGGGGGGCGCGGGGGGCGAGGAGCGGCUGGAGCCGCGCCAGACGGUGCUGAUGUGGGGCGCGGGCGCGGGCGCGCAGGAGGCGCCGGCGGAGUUCUCGCCGCCGCAGGUGUGGCGCUACCCGGCAUACCACACGGCUGAGGCCACGCAGUAGCUCGCCUGACCUACGGUUUUGUUGCUGGAAUUGCAUUGCAUUAUGGCACAUUGUUUCUAUCUUGUCGUGUUAUGUACACGAGAAUGUAUCACCAGUUUAAACUUUUUCGC